AUGAGUAAUAAUAGUCCUUAUUUAGGUGGUAAACCACCUAAAUUGCCGGAUCAAUCACAUUAUAUGUAUCCUAUAUCGAGAGACUACUUUCCUGAUAUGUCAAUCGAUGAAUCAUCUUUUGAAAAGUUCUAUCAAAGAAAUUCACCAAAGUCGAUGAUGUCUUCACCUACAACAACUACAACAACAACCACCACCAAUACUACUGUUAAAAACAAUAUGUACAUUCAACCGCAACCGCAACCGCAACAACAGCAACAGUAUCAAUAUCAACGUCAAUAUCCAUCACAGCAACACCAACAACAACAACAGAUGAGCAAUAAUCAAUACCCAUCACAGAAGCAACAACAACAACAACAACAGAAUAGCAAUAAUCCAUAUUCAUCAAAUAAACAACAGCAACAACAACAACAAAAAGAACAACAGCAACAACAGAUACAAACACCAGAACCAGAAGUAAUACAAAUCGAUAAGAACUCAAUGGAUUUCUUGGUAACAUUGUUACCGGACAUUGAAUUUGAUACUUUGGAGUGUAUGUUGAUCGAAUUCAAAGGAGAUGUGUCAAAGGUUGUACAGACAAUGUUAGAGUUUCAUUAUGACGAUAGUAACAAUGGUGAUGAUAGUGGUGCCUUCCCUGACUAUCCAUCUGAUAUGUCUAAAUUAGAGAAACUGUCAAUCUCUGAUGAUGAUUAUUCAUCAACUACAACAACAACAACAACCAGCACAUCCAAUAAUAACCAUAUCAAUGGUAAUAACAAGAAUUACAACAAAGAUUACAAUAAAAAUUAUAAUAAGAACUAUAAUAAUAAUAACAAUAAUAAUAAUAAUAAUAAUAACAACAAUAAUAAUAAUAGUAAUAGUAAUAAUAAUAAUAAUAAUAAUACUGUAUUAUCAGCAUCAGCAAAGAAGAGAUUAAAAAAGAAAGAAAAAGAAAAACAAAAAGCAUUGGAACAACAACUGCAGAUGCAACAAUUGUAUGGAGUACCGGAUGCAUAUCAAAUUGGAGCGGCAGAGGGUAGUAGUUAUGAUUAUGGUACUCCAGUAGCUGAAGUUCCCGAAGUAGUUGAAGAACCCACAGUAGAUCAGCAGCCAGUAUCGACAAGUGAAUCAAACUAUCCAGAGAUGAUACGUCAACUUCAAGAGCUUUUCGUUGAUUUCUCACGACUUGACAUUGCCUUGGUAUUGGAGAUGAACGGUUUCGAUAUCGAGAAAGCAUCCAAUGCAUUGCUAGAUGAAAGUAUUGUCAUUGUAUUAAGUGAACAUAAACAACAGAUGCAGUUAAAGAAAGAACAAGAUUUGAUUGCUCAACAACAGAAACAACAACAGCUGCAACAACAACAACAACAACAGCAACAGCAACAGCAACAACAACAAUUAAAGCAACAACAACAACAACAACCAAAGAAAGAAGUACCAAAACAACAACAACCAAAUAAUAAUAAGGUUAAAACACCUGUACCAUUAAUCAAUCAGAAGAACAAACAACAACAGCAACAACAACAAUCUAGACCAACUGAAAGUCUUGAUGAUAUUAUCAAAGAGCAAAAGGCAAAGAGUGCAAAUGAAGUUAGUUCACCAUAUAAAUAUGUACAUACAACAACCACUAAAGGUAAUAAGACAAAACAACAAUUGCUACAACAAGAGCUUGAGGAAAAGAAUGCAUUGGUAGAUGAGGAUUUCGGUGAUGUUCAUGCAGAUGAUAUAUUGGAGAUGGCCAAGAUGAAGAAGAAAUCAAAGGCUGACGACAAGAAGUUAAAUAUUCUCUUGAAGGAAUUCUCAUUGUUGGAGCCAGAGCUUAUUCGGUCUAUCUACGCUCAAACCAACAAUAACUUCCAGUCAUCAUGGCGUUCUCUCAGUGAAAUGAGCAAACAAGAGUUGGGUGGUGCUCAAGUCAAGAACUUGGCAACAAAGAUCAAGCAGCAACAACAGCAACAACAACAAACCGAUGUAUUAAAGAAAAUCAACCAUACAAAUAAUACCAACAAUACAAACAACAAUACCAACAACAAUAUUAAUAAUAUUAAUAAUAACAAUAUUAACAAUAACGGUAAUUUUUCACCAUUGCCUUUGGACCAGAUUCAACAACAACAGAUGCAACAACAACAGAUGCAGUAUCAACAACAGAUGCAACAGAUGCAAUAUUUGAAUUAUAACCAACAUAUGCAAUAUCAACAGCAGAUGCAAUAUCAACAACAGAUGCAACAGUUACAAGAUAGAGUCAAUAUUAUUCCAACCGGUCCAAACAAGGUUGAGAUCUAUGCAGGUGAAAAGAAUGAGGCUGAUGCUAAGUUCCAAAGAGUGCAGCCAACUUCUCCGAUCAACAAAUCCAAGCAGAAGAAUAAAAAUACCGAUAUGAACAGGAAGGAUUAUCAACAAUACCGUGCAGAGGCAAAUCGUUAUGCUGCUCUAAGAAAUACAUUCUUCCAACAAGCUGCCGCGGCAUACAUGGCUGGAAAGGCAGCAGAAGCCAGAGGUUUAUCUGAACAAGGUAGAUACUACGACCGUUUAGUAAAGGAAUGUAAUGCAAAUGCAUCCAAUCAAAUUUUCUUAUCAUGUAAUUCACGUAUUGGAGAUUCAUUAAAGAUCGAUUUACAUGGUUUGCAUGUCACAGAGGCUUUGGAGAUGGUCAGUCAGAUUUUGGAUGUUCACACCAAUGGCGAGUAUCAAGGAAAUGAAGAGAGACCAAAAACCAUUGAGUUUAUAUGCGGACUUGGAAAUCACAGUCAAGGUGGUGUCGCCAAAAUUAAACCUGCUUUAAUUUCAUUGUUGAAAGAAUGUAAACUUACUUUCCAAGAUCAAGGUGGUCUAUUAGUGGUUCAUCUUAGAAAUAGAUAA